AUGGAGGCUCUGGGCAGGAAAACGGUCAGAAACGGAGGCUCGGAUGAUGUCGGAACACUCAGAGCACGGUUCCUGACAAGGGGAACGCAAGUUCAAGGUCUGUCCCCAGGUUCAUGGUCAAAAACUCAAGCGAAUAUUCAAUUGCAGAUCGUGACUUGGAAAUCAUUGGUGAAUUUCUACAGAUGGGGUCCAUACAGAGAUAGGCAUUCCUUUACACAAGGACUUUCCAGUUGCGAAUCUUUGGGUUUUAAGAAGGAAAUCGUAGGCUUCCAGAGAUCGUGGGGCAAGAACGACGACCUCAUGGUAAGAGAUGAGGCAGGCAUGAGAGAACAAUGCUAUAACUGCAUCUUAGCAAGUAUGUCAGUUAUGAAGAAGCUUCCUACACUCACUAGACCAGGUCAACGUUUGCGUUGCUUUGAAGUUUUCGUUAACGGAUCUAGCGUCAAUAGCAAAGCCUCUUCUCUCCGUAUCGUAUCCACUGUCUCCCUGUUGUCGCUGUCUGGUGACCGGUUAUGGAGAGAAGCUCUGGCUACAUUGACUAGCAUGUGUAUUGCAUCAGGCUUUCCCGCCUCCACCGUCUUGGCUCUCGUCGUCCAAGACGAAGUACUUCACGAUGGCCACCCAUCUUCUGGCUGUCGGGCAACCCAACGAGAGAGGAAAUAUCAUUACCCGUAUCAGGAUCGAGUCAAACAACCUUGCGACAAAAUCCAAAGAGGGUUGCAGGACUACACCCAUACAGAAUCUCCAAACUCUAAGGAAUUCAAUGUCCGUACAGGCUUGACUGUUCUAGCAGUAGCUCUUGUUAUACCCCGUACUGCCCCGAUGGUAAUCAAAUAUGAGGAGAAACCGGGGACUCGGCCCCUGCCAGGCCCUAAAUGGGUUCUAGGAAGUAUUCAAUUGGGGUCCUGGACCGACGAUUAUGACGACACAUUUGUUCGUGAUUGA